AUGGAUUUAACAGAGAUUUUUUUUACUUCUCUUGGUGCUGCAGUCACUGUGUACUAUGGAGCGAAAAUGCUGCUUUCAUGUAGGAUGCUUUUUCCUAAAGUGUUUUUUCCACUACCAAAAGCCUUUUUCACCUCGAUGGGAGAAUGGGCAGUGGUGACCGGUGCUUCAGAGGGUAUAGGAAGAGCAUAUGCCUUUGAGCUGGCUGAGCAAGGAAUGAACGUGGUGAUCAUGAGCAGGACCAAAGCAGCACUGGACCAGGUGGCCAAGAAAAUAAGUGAAACCACAGGGCAAAGAGUGAAAGUGAUAGUGGCAGACUUCAUGAAGGAAAACGUGUUCAGAGAACUACAGGAUCAGCUGAAGGAUCUCAACAUCGGGGUUUUAGUCAAUAACGUAGGCAUGCUGCCCAACGUCGUCCCUUGUGAAUUCCUUCAGUCUGCAGAUCUGGAUCAGACGAUCACAAAGCUGAUUAACUGCAAUGUGAAAACAAUGACCAAGAUGUGCAGAAUAAUCCUCCCAGGCAUGGAGAACAGGAGGAAAGGAGUGAUUGUGAAUAUCUCGUCUGGAGUUGCCUCUGUUCCGUUUCCCCUUUACACCCUGUAUGCUGCUUCUAAGGUGUUUGUGGAAAGAUUCUCACAAGCUCUGCAAGCUGAAUACAAAGAUAAGGGGAUUAUUAUACAGUCUGUAUCUCCAUUUGGAGUCUCCACUCGAAUGGCAGGGUACCAGGAAACGAAUAUAGUGACUCUAUCACCGGAGGAGUUUGUGAAAAGCUCCCUGCAGUACAUCAGAGCUGGGGAGAAAACACACGGCAGCAUCUGCCACAUGAUUCUGGGCUGGUUGCUGCGGUCCAUUCCUCCUCAGGUUCUCUACUCAGAGUUCAUGAUGCACAGCUUACAAGACUAUGUGAGGAAGAAAAUGGCUCGGAAAGCAGCUAUCUCUGCAAAACAUGCAACAUUUAGAAAGAAAGAAAACUAGAACAGCGCUAAAAUCACAGACCUGCACUCUGAACAAUAACUCCACUCUCUACGGUAGGAAAGACUGCUUAAAACACCUAUUAUGUCAAGACAUACAGUGCUUAACAAAUUUAU